UCCUGAAUUUCUUUCAGCACUGGGGAAACCAACCUAUGCACCAAAAAUGUCUAAAACUGGAAACAAGAUUACUUUCUAUGAAGAGAAGAAUUUCCAAGGCCGCCACUAUGACUGUGAUUGUGACUGUGCCGAUCUCCACACAUACCUGAACCGCUGCAACUCCAUUAGAGUGGAAGGAGGCACCUGGGUUGUGUACGAAAGGCCCAACUUUGCUGGACACAUGUACAUCUUACCCCAGGGUGAAUACUCGGAGUACCAGCGUUGGUUGGGCAUCAACGACCGCCUGAGCUCCUGCAGAGCCAUUCACCUGUCUAGCGGAACCCAGUAUAAGCUUCAGUUCUUUGACAAAGGGGAUUUCAGUGGCCAGAUGUAUGAAACCACUCAAGAUUGCCCUUCCGUCAUGGAGCAGUUUCACAUGCGAGAGAUCCACUCCUGUAAGGUGCUGGAGGGGGCCUGGAUUUUCUAUGAGCUGCCCAAUUAUCGUGGCAGGCAGUACCUCCUGGACAAGAAGGAGUACCGGAAGCCCAUCGACUGGGGUGCAGCGUCCCCAGCUGUUCAGUCUUUCCGCCGCAUUGUGGAGUAAUGAUAUGAAUGGAACCACACGAUUCCUCCUGGGGGCUAAAGGCUGGCUGGCCUAGUGGUCCGUACAUGCAUAAAUAAAACAAUGGGC